AUGCUCAUUGUCGUCUUUGUCGGGCUGGCCAUCCUGACCGUCAUCCUCGUCCUCCUACGCCGCCGCUACCGCCGUCGUCAAGAUGUUGCAAACGCUCCUUUCAAUUCGGGCAUCACCCGAAAUUCCCUCCCUGCCCUUUCCGUUACACCACCCACACUCGGCAAGGCUUCCAGCAAUCAAGCCAGCAGGACGAGUCUACCAAGAGUCAGGGAAAAGGACAGAAUGACUGUCACAGAUGUGCCCGUUCCUCCCUUGCCUGUAUCUCAUGAUUUUGCUACAAAGGAACGAGGAAGCACUCCGGAUAUUGAGUACGGACGCGCCAGAUGA